AAGCCGAACUGUCGUCGAUGGGUGGGGCGGUAUAUAAAGAAUGCCGAUGCGGAGGAGACGGCAAUUUAACGCAGACAUUCGCGGUUCGUGCACAUCACUCGUUCAUAGCUGCUCAAUCACCAACCGGAUCCACGUGGAUACCACAACUGUCAAGCGAUAACAUCGCUACUAUAAUCUUGGAAACGUAACAUGGAUCCCGACGGUUUCAAGGAUUUCGCCAAGGAAAUGGCAGAAUACAUUGUUAAUUAUCUGGAGAAUAUCAGGGACAGAAAAGUACUACCAACAGUGGAACCAGGUUACAUGAAGCCUCUCUUGCCAGCUGAGGCUCCACAAACUCCAGAAAGUUGGAAAGAUAUAAUGGCAGACAUUGAAAGAGUAAUCAUGCCAGGAGUAACUCAUUGGCAUAGUCCAAAAUUCCACGCUUAUUUUCCUACGGCUCAAUCGUACCCAGCAAUUGUUGCUGAUAUGCUCAGCGGUGCUAUCGCUUGCAUUGGAUUCACUUGGAUCGCGAGCCCUGCUUGUACAGAAUUGGAAGUGAUAAUGCUGGACUGGUUGGGAAAAAUGUUAGAUUUACCUAACGAAUUUCUAGCUUGCAGCGGUGGAAAAGGAGGUGGUGUUAUACAGGGAACUGCAAGUGAAGCAACUUUAGUAGCACUUCUCGGUGCCAAGGCUAGAAAAAUAAGGCAGGUCAAGGAACAACAUCCUGAAUGGACAGACAACGAAAUAGUGGGAAAACUAGUCGCUUAUAGUUCCUGUCAGGCUCACAGUUCUGUAGAACGAGCUGGCCUUCUAGGAGGCGUGAAAUUUCGAUCCUUAGAAGUUGAUUCUAAAUACAAACUUCGAGGUGAAACACUUGCAGAAGCGAUUCGCAAGGAUAGAGAACAAGGAUUAAUUCCAUUCUACGCUGUUGCAACGUUAGGGACAACUUGCUCCUGUGCAUUCGAUCGCCUCGAUGAAAUGGGGGUUGUUGCAAAUCGCGAGAACAUUUGGUUGCACGUGGAUGCUGCUUAUGCUGGUUCCGCUUUUAUUUGCCCGGAAUUUCGACAUUUAAUGAAUGGUAUUGAGUUAGCUGACUCUUUCAAUUUUAAUCCACACAAAUGGAUGUUGGUGAACUUUGAUUGUUCAACCAUGUGGUUAAAAGAUCCGACUUAUGUUAUUAAUGCAUUCAACGUUGACCCGUUGUAUCUGAAACAUGACAUGCAAGGAUCUGCCCCAGAUUAUAGGCAUUGGCAAAUUCCAUUGGGACGUAGAUUCAGAGCGUUGAAAUUGUGGUUCGUUUUGAGAAUUUAUGGGGUAGAGAAUCUCCAACGAUAUAUCAGGACUCACGUCGCCCAAGCUCAUGAAUUCGAGGCACUGGUCCUUUCAGACCCACGAUUCGAGAUUGUGGCUGAAGUGGUAUUAGGACUCGUUUGCUUCCGGUUGAAGGGAUCAAACGACCUGAACGAGAAUUUGUUGAAGAAAAUCAACGCUACUAAAAACAUUCAUCUUGUGCCAUCCAAGAUAAAUGAUACGUAUUUCCUGCGGUUUGCAAUUUGCUCGCGAUUUAGCGAGAGCAAGGAUAUUCAGAAUUCCUGGAAGGAAAUAAAACUCAGGGCUGAAGAAGUCCUCGAGGAGCAAUCGGUUUCUAAGUGAUGGCGGGCUCAGAUAGCUCGUGGUUGCAGAUCCUUGGCACCUGCAACCUGCAAUCAAUCUUAGCUUUUAGUUCUUUUCUUGUCUUAAGUAGACCUGGAAGAACCAGUGGAUGAUUUAAAUGUGCUGAUCUGUCUUACGUAUUUCACAAUUUUAAAUUAAUUACAAAAUUUAUACACUACUUACUUUUUAUGUUUAUAACAGGUAAGGAAAUUUUAAUUUAUUAAAAAUAUUUUUUUGCGCUACGACAUUAUAGCAAAUAUAGUUAGUGUCAAAGAAUUAUUUAAAGAAUCUGAUUACUGAAAAAUCUAAACAUUUUUCAGAGCUUGUAAAAUUAAUUUAUAUGGAUGUAUUAACCCUUGAACGACGGUUAGCAGGUCAAUCAUGAUCCAUUCCUAAGAAUGCGUGAAUUAGAAUUAGAAACAUUUCAAACGAAAGACUUUCAAACAUUGGAAAAAUGCUAAUUAAAAAGAUAAUAUAACAUUUAAAAAGUAAAAAUUUCAAACGAAUUUAAAUUCUAAAUUAUGCUUUGGCUGGGAAAAGACCUGAUAUGUUAUUUGAGGAUUAAUCAGUACCAGAUUCUCAAAUAAAAAUUAUUUAUUAGGUAAUUAGUAAGAUUUGGAAAUACGCUGGACAUGUCCCGUGUGUACGUAAAAUGCCAAAGAUCGUUCUUCGGAUGCCGUUUUACGCAAAGAAGCACAUAACUCGCGUAAAUGCAGUAUUACUGUCACCUUGUGCUACUUUUUCCGAUAGCUAGCCAACGUUCUUCAGAUCCUUUAAAUCGCUUUCUUCCAUCGUUGAACGACACAUACACUGUGCAUCUUUUGCAACACUGUUACAUAGUUGUUGGCACACGUGCAACUUGCAAAAAUAUUGUUGGGUUUUCUAUCAAAGAAACAGAAUCUUAUCUUGUAUACAUUAAACAAGUUAAUAAUAUAAAUCCAAUAUAAUUUUUGCAUUUGCUUGAUAAAUUAUGAAAAAUGCAUGGUGUUAUACAGGGUGUUCCACACUUUUCUGAUUAAAAUUUGUCAGUUCAUUCUAUGAGUAUAAAGAAGAAAAUAAAAUGUUAUUGGAUCAUUAAGUAUGAAAUUUGACUAAAUUUUUUGACAAGCAAAAAUCGGUGAAAUUUAAGAUUCAAAGAUCGGGGUCCAGUCAGGAUCGGAUCGAGAUCGGGUCGGGAAUUUUUACAUUUCGUUCGGGUACCCGCAAUUUUGGGAUUCGAACUCACUUUAAGUGAAACUUUAGGUGUCAUUACAUUUAAUCUGUUUAUGCCAGCUGUGUACUAUUUGAGGUCAUUGAAGGUAUUAAAUGUAACACCGUUUAUGGCUUCUAUGAGAGCGGAUUUCCACUACAGCAGUGUUUCCCAACCAUUUUUGUGCCAUGCCCCACUUAAGCCUUUCUAAAAUUCUUAUACCCCCUAUGUAACGUAAACAUCAUUUUUAAUAUUCAAAAAUUGAGUUAUUCACUGAAGAAACUUAAAUGAUAGGUUUUACAAAAAAAUCACUAGGAAAUUGUUGAGGAAACACAGUAAGUAAAUUUUCAAAACAUACAAUGGAGAACCGAAAUUCAAGUAGGAUAUAAUUUUAAUGAAAGAUUUUUCUAUAUUAUAUUAAUUAUUAGUAAUUAUGGACGUUUACCGACCAUGAGUAGCGACUGAGAGUCGUCAUACGAUUAACUUAAACUCUGGAUGAAUCCAUCUUCGAAUUGCUCCCGUUAACAAUCAAAUUGCCCCUUUGUGGGGCGUGGGCCCCACGUUAGGAAACGCUGCACUAGAGAGUUAAACUCGCGCGAGAAGCUGUUAAGAACAUUUAUCGUAAAUGGACACUGUGCCUAUCUAGAAUUAUAUUUGAGAAUUUCAAUUUAUAAAUACUACAAAUUUAUUAAAUCUUGAAUAGUAAUUAUAUGUGACACGAAGCGUUAAAAUUGUAACAGUUCAAUGACACAAAAACAAUUUCUGACUGAAUUUAAAUAAACUGUUAGGUGUCAAAAUUAAUUCGAUGCUUUUGGUAUUACAUUUUCUUAGCUUCGUUUUGAAUUUGAAUAUUUUCCCGCGCUUCUGUGAAUUUGAAUAGUGGCCCAAGAAUAUGAUAAAGAUAACGAUGAAUUCAAUAAUUGAAAUUACUGUAACUAUUAAAAAAUGAAUCUUCGAUUUAAAAAAGGGAAGGCUCCGAAUAAAAUGCAUCUAAUAUAAUACAUAGAUAUAUGAAUCUUUUCUUUGCAUUUGGAAAAUAAAAUCUAAACAGUAUGGUGACCGAAAUGAAAAAUCUAAAAUAUAUUAGGUUUUAACUAUGAAAACUAUCGAUUUGCAUGUAACAUUUCUUAUUUAUGUUCAUUGAAUUUACAGACAUAGUAUGACUGAAAAAAUUGAGAUACCCUGUAUAUAUCAUCACAAUAAUGUACCCUUGUUGAACACAUAUAAUGUUAGUGUAGAUAUCAAGUGCAAUACGAGAAACGAAUUAACAUGAACGCUGUUGUUGAAUUAAAUCGCGUUGUAAGCAGUGCGCUGAAUGCAAUUUCCGCGUGUAGACUCAAUGUAGACUCAAAUAUAGUUUUGUUAAAAGGA